CAAAGAGGUCCAAAAUUCCAAACGUGCUUAACAUUACCACCUAAAAAUAACCAUUCAAAAAUCAAAACUCAAAAACUUUCUUCUUCUUCAUUUUUUUCUCUCUCUCUCUCCUACUUUACCAGCUAUCUGGGGUUGCUUUCUUUCUCUUUUUCUCUCCCUCAUUCCCCAACAACAAGCAAUCUUCCCCCCCUAAAAAAUACCAAUUUUAUUUCCCUCCAAUUUUCACUUCACAAACCCUAGAAAUGAAAUGGGAAAUUGAGAUGGAAGAAGUUGAAGCUGUUCUUGAGAAGAUUUGGGAUUUACACGACAAACUUAGCGAUGCAAUUCACUCAAUUUCUCGUACCCAUUUCGUUAAUUCCACUAAAUCUCUCAAAAAUAAUAGCUCCCCUGAUAGUAAUAAUAAUUUCAAGAACAGCAAAAAUCAAGGGCAUUUUUUUGAUCAUGAUGUUAAGAAUUACAACAAUAAUGUUAAUGGGUUUGUUUUUUUUAAGGAUUUUGAUAAGGAUUCCGCCAUUGCUGAAGCUAAGAGUCUUAAUUCAAUUCGUUCUGCGCUUGAAAAUCUCGAAGAACAACUCGGAUUUUUUAAUACUCUGCAAAUCCAGCAGCGUGCAGAAAGGGAUGCUGCACUUGCACGUUUAGAGCAAAGCCGCAUCAUUCUUGCAUUCAGAUUGGCUGAACACCAUGGGAAAAGAUACAAAGUAAUAGAUGAAGCUAUGGAUUUUGUGGGAACUGUAAGAGAUGCCAGUUGCUUUGUCGCGCCUGAGAAUUUCUCUAAUCCUCCUGCAAGUGCACCUGCUGAACAAAAAGGGGUGAACCCAAACAUCUUUGUAAGAGUUUUAUUCUCUGGGUUAGAUUCUGCUAAAAAGACACUUCAGCUUGACAAAUUAGGGGGAGUUCUGGGGAAUGCUGCUCUUUUUGCACUUAGCAUGCUUGCGUUGCUUCAUCUACAACAAGUAACUUACAAGGAUAACGAGGUGUUAGACAUCGGGCUCAACCAAAAUAGAACGGCUAAGAAACUAUCGCAACGUGGUGGUUCUUCCAUCGGGGAAUUGAGUUCAUUGGAUGUACGGUUGGCAAGAGGUUAAAAUUUAACAAUGAGUUUCAAUGGUUCUUUACGGGUUUUGUAGGUAAUAGCUGUUUCAUCAGUGUCUUCUGUAGUGUGGAAAGAAAAUGCUGGUAAUAUGUAGGGUUUUGUAGCUCUGGAUUCUUUGAAUUGCUUGUAUAUAUCAGGCUAUCCAGUAUAUUUUAGCUUAGUGGGGUUUUUUAGUAUACUCUGAAGUUGUGUCUUUCCCUGAUUUUGUUGUGCAAGGGUGAUUUUGUGAGUGUUUUCUGAAAGUUGAGGAAAAGUUGUGAAACUGCUUGUUUCCAUUUUGAAGUGAAAUGUAUGGUUGAUGAGGAUUUGAGAAAUAUACUACUAUAAUAUCUA